GGAUGCCAACCGCCGUUAAAUAUCAUAAAAGAAGAAGACCAGAGAACCCUUUGUUUAUUAUUUUCAAGAUGGCGGCGGGAAUGUAUUUAGAACAUUACCUUGACAGUAUAGAAAAUCUGCCGUUUGAGCUACAGAGGAAUUUCACUCUUAUGAGAGACCUGGACACACGGACAGAGGGUGAGACUCUCACACAGAUCUGAUAUUAUGAUUGUUGCUGUUAUCAUAACAGAUCUGAAAGGGCAGAUAGACUCUUUGGCUCGUGAGUACACAUCAAACACACACACCCUCUCCUCUGAGCAGAAGCUUUCCCUGCUCCGGCAGAUCCAGCAGUCAUAUGGCAAGUGUAAAGAGUUUGGAGAUGAUAAGGUCCAACUGGCCAUGCAGACCUAUGAGAUGGUGGACAAACACAUUCGCAGGCUGGACACAGACCUGGCCCGCUUCGAGGCAGACCUGAAGGAGAAAAAGAUUGAGAGCACAGACUAUGACUCAACCUCCAGUAAGGGAAUCAAGAGUGAGCUCAGGGGGCCAAAAGAGAAGAAGGUGGCUCGCACAAGGUUAAAGGUGAAGUCAGACGACGACUGCAGCCCCAAAAGCGGACAGAAGAAAGUCAAACUAACACAAGCGCCUGAGUUCACAGCCCCUACAGUGAACUUUGGUAACGUCCACCCUUCGGACGUGCUGGACAUGCCCGUGGACCCCAACGAGCCCACCUACUGCCUGUGUCACCAAGUGUCCUACGGAGAGAUGAUCGGCUGUGACAACACAGACUGCUCCAUUGAGUGGUUCCACUUCGCCUGCGUGGGGCUGACAACAAAACCCAGAGGAAAAUGGUACUGUCCAAGGUGUACUCAGGAGAGGAAGAAAAAAUGAACCCAGAGACAAUCAUAACCAACGAUCCUAACGCUAGAGUUUACAAAGGAGGGUUCAGUGUUUGUAUUGGAACAUGGGGAAACCCUCCAUAAAUCCUAACAUGGACUCCGCAGGGUCAUGUUUAAUAGGUCACACCAUCGAAAAUAGUUUUCAAAUUGUUUCCCCCCCAGUAUUAGGGUCCUUCCGGUCUGUUAUCCUGUAUAAUUCUCUUUGUUAAACAGAAAGAAGCAAUGAAGGACAUUUUACAGACGUCCCCCAAUCAUGACUAUUAUGUUGCAUUUUAUUUUGGAACUUUUUUUGGGGUUGCUUUAAUAUGCAGAGUAAUACAGGGACGUAUACCCUUACUUUACAGCCGGUGGUUCUAUAUGGCUCUCAGCCACUCGGUUGCUUCAUGACAGACUGUAACAGCGACUCCUACUGGAUGCUUUUAUACUGAACACUAUUCAGCCCUGAUACACGCAGAUCACAUGUGUUAACUCUUUUAUUUUCCAUCUGUUCUCUUAAUUCACCCCUGGUUAUUUCCAUAACAGACUUUUGGGGGACAGAACAUUUGUUGAUUAAACAGAGUCAUUGAUUUAGUUGAUAGAUUUGACUCAAUGAGAAUAUACAGAUCUAGAUGUCCUAGUUCAGAAUGCAGUCGGAAGCAAACUGGACAGAAUUUCUCUCGCACAUUCACUUAAACAGCAAUGACCUGAAUUGCAGGUUGUUUGCACAAAAUGAGUGCGCUGGAAAUGGAAUUGCUUAAAGGAAUCUAAAUGCUAACACUUUGAAAUAUAUAUGGACAUUUUGAUAGGUCCCAACUCACAUCAUUCAACAAUGUCCUGUAUAUUUCUAUUAUGGAGAGGCAUAUCUUUGAGUGGCAGUGUUUAUAAAGAGCCUUAUUGAUCAUUACUGUAAGAAUAACAAUUUAAAUGUGCUUAAAAGUAUCAGAGUUACUUGAUACUUUGCUCAGUAGGUUUUGACUAGUGCCUCAAGAAUAUUAUUUCAAGUUAAACUAAUGAAAAUGUAUUUUGUUGACAUUUACUUUUUGUAUUCAAAGUGUAAUUGAAUACUUUACUGAAACAUUGGGUGCUGUUUGGUGUUUUUCCAUUAAGCAAUAAAGCUUUAAAAAAAAUA